CACGACGCUCUGAGGUCACCGACUGGGCCGGACCGCGGGGGGCGGAGGGACGGAGGAAAGAUGGCGGCCGAGGCCGGAUAUUGGCGCCGCCUCCCCCAAUCCUGGAGCCGGCGCAGAUGAGGCGGCUCGGCUGGGGCCAGCGGCGCUUCGGAACCCGAGCUGGGGGGACCCUGGCGGUGGGGCCUGGCCCUGCUGUAUGCCGGCGCCUCGGCUAGAGUGAGCGGCGGCGGCGACGCCUCUUUCCCCUGUCCCUCUCCCUGUCGCUGUGAGUCCGAGCGGGUGGCGGGCGGCACCGGCGGCGGGCCCGGGAUGGAGGACGUUAACUCCAACGUGAACGCGGACCAGGAGGUGCGGAAGCUGCAGGAGCUGGUGAAGAAGCUGGAGAAGCAGAACGAACAGCUGAGGAGCCGCUCGGGGGCCGUGCAGGGCGUCGGCUCCCUCGGGCCCGGCAGUCCGGUUCGGGCUGGCUCGUCCACUCCCUCGUCCGGCGCGGCGUCCCCUCGGGGCUUCCCCUUGGGCCUCAACGCCAAGUCCGGUAGCGGUGUCGGGUCGGGCCCGAGGCGGACGAGUAGCGAGGAGCUGCGGGACGCCACCUCCUUGCUGGCAGCGGGCGAGGGCGGCUUGCUGGACGAGGUGGAGCCGCUGCGGCCCGAGGAGCUGGAGCGCCUGUCAGGCUGGGAGGAGGAGGAGGAGAGCUGGCUGUAUUCAUCACCAAAGAAAAAACUUACACCAGUGCAGAAAUCAGUUAGCCCAUUAGUUUGGUGCAGGCAAGUUUUGGAUUACCCAAGUCCUGAUGUUGAAUGUGCUAAAAAGUCUCUUAUCCACAAACUUGAUCAAACUAUGUCAGCUCUCAAGAGGCAGAAUUUAUAUAAUAAUCCUUUCAACUCCAUGAGUUAUACAAGUCCUUACAGUCCGAAUGCAAGUAGCCCUUACAGCAGUGGUUUCAAUUCUCCAUCCUCAACCCCAGUGAGACCUCCUAUAGUCAAACAGCUAAUACUUCCUGGAAAUUCAGGUAAUUUGAAAAGUUCAUCAGACAGAAAUCCUCCACUCAGCCCUCAAUCCUCUAUAGACAGUGAGUUAAGUGCUUCAGAAUUAGAUGAAGAUUCAAUUGGAUCCAAUUAUAAGCUAAAUGAUGUAACCGAUGUACAGAUUCUAGCUCGGAUGCAGGAAGAAAGUCUCCGUCAAGAGUAUGCAGCCACCACAUCUCGGCGCAGUUCUGGUUCAUCUUGCAAUUCUACAAGGCGGGGUACUUUUAGUGAUCAGGAACUUGAUGCGCAAAGUUUAGAUGAUGAAGAUGACAAUAUGCAUCAUGCAGUAUACCCUGCUGUUAACAGGUUUUCACCAUCACCACGCAAUUCACCUCGACCAUCACCUAAGCAGUCACCCAGAAAUUCACCUCGUUCACGAUCUCCUGCUCGGGGAAUAGAAUAUAGUAGAGUGUCCCCACAGCCUAUGAUUAGCCGCUUACAGCAACCUCGCCUUUCACUUCAGGGUCAUCCCACAGAUCUACAGACAAGCAGUGUUAAAAAUGAAGAAAAACUAAGACGCAGUCUUCCAAACCUGUCCCGACCAUCUAGUACACAAGUUGACUCAGUGAAAAGCAGCAGAAGUGACUCAAAUUUUCAAGUGCCAAAUGGAGGAAUACCUCGCAUGCAACCUCAGGCUUCAGCCACUUCGCAAAGGCUGAAAAAUUUGCCUCGUACUUCCCUCAAAGCCAAACAGUUGCUUCAAACUUCACCUACAAAAAGAGUACCUUCUCCAGGCAAGUUCCGCUCCCCUGCAGCACCAUCUCCUUUGGCUCUCCGGCAACCAGUAAAAGCAUUUAGUAACCCUGGCUCUGGUUCUCCUGGUAGCCAAGAAACAACACAGCUCACACAGACCACCUCCUCACCUGGGCCUCCCAUGGUUCCCAACACAGUCCCAGCAAAUCCUCCCAACAAUAUCAACAGCACUACUCUAACCAGACCUGCAGGGACAACCGCGAUGAGAAGUGGCUUACCCAGACCCAGUGCCCCUUCUGCUGGGGGUAUACCAGUGCCUCGCAGCAAACUUGCACAGCCUGUUCGCAGAUCCUUGCCAGCUCCUAAAACCUAUGGUAGCAUGAAAGAUGACAGUUGGAAAGAUGGCUGUUACUGACCAGCAAAGAUGAGAAUGCAGAGGUCCACAGCUUCAUGGAUACCCCUUCACCAGGCUAAAAGACAACUUUUAUAUGCAGACUGUUCAGAUAAGACUCUUGGGGUUUAUAAAUCCCAGCCCUCUCUGUCUUAAUUAGCACAAACCGACGGAGAUGAUCAAGCAGCACUUUAAUGACAUUUAACAUCAGAUGUGUUUGGUAAUCAUACAAUCACUCUCCAUAGAAUCACAUUUAGUUUUGUUUAGUAGAAACUAAGUUGAUUUUUUAAUAUUUGACAGAGGCCAAUAUCUGGGCAAAAAACUAACGGAUGCCAAAGAGAAAUGCCCAUUUGUCAAUGAGAGAAUACCUUUGUGCUCAAGAAAAUGGUGAAUUCAAGCUCUCCAAAACUUCGCAUUCAACCUAAUUUACUGUAUAAAUAGCAUCAAUAAAUAUUUGUGUUAAUGAGAACUAAUA